AAGAGAUUAUCUAACGUUUGACGUAAAUAUAUAUUUUUUAGUUUAAUAGACUAGCGUGACGUCAUCAGUACCAAAUAAUGCCCCAAAUGUGACUCUUAAUGCACUUUCAGAAAGACGCAAAAAAUGAUUAGAUUUGACUUGCGACUGAUUUUUGGAAUGAUUUUUUUCUUUGCUUUAUUUUAUUGGCUUCUAAUAAUGCCAAGUACAAAAGAAAAUAGUGAUGAAAAUUUGGGUCACCUUCAAAAUCAACAUAUCUAUUACAAACAAUCUAGUUAUGAUAAUUUGGAUUCUGCAAUACAGAAUGAAAAUGAAGUUGAUAACGUUAAAGAAUUUCAAAAACUCCAAAAAAAGUAUAAUGAGCUUAAUUCUCAUCAUUCAAAAGAGACAGAUAACCUUAAUAAUGAAAACAGUCUUUUAAAAGCUGCAAUGCAAAAGUCUCGGAAAGAAAUUCUGGAACUAUCAGAGCAGAUUGAGCGUUUAAAAGAUUCUAUAAAACAGAAGGAUAUACAUUUUGAUGCUACAUUAGAGUUAGAUAAACGUAUUUAUGAAAUAUCAGAACAAAAUGAUAAGUUACGUAAAGUGAAUUUGAUGAAAAAUAAAGACGAGGAACUUAUUAAGCCGUUUGACGGUUUAAAGUUAGUACAUUUUGAUUUGAAAGGUGCUCCACCCAAAAUUGACUACCUUAUUAGAAUGAUGAAGUUUUCUAAAGAACUAGGAGCUAAUGGGUUUUUAAUUGAAUAUGAAGACAUGUUUCCGUAUUCUAAUGAUCUAGCAUAUUUAGCUCGUCCCAAUUGUUACUCUAAAACAGAUAUAGAACUCAUAGUAAAAACUGCUCAGAAAGAAAAGUUGAUAAUUAUACCUCUAGUUCAGACUUUUGGUCAUCUUGAGUUCGCUUUGAAACAUGAAAAACUGCAACAUCUUCGUGAAAAUAAAUUGAUUGCCAACUCAGUUUGCCCUUUGAAUAAUGAUACAUAUGUGUUUUUAAAAAAUAUGAUUUAUCAAAUUCAUUCUGCUCAUCCGCAUUCAAAAUGGAUACAUCUUGGUGGGGACGAGGUAUGGAAUAUUAAAACAUGUGACAGAUGCAUAAAAUCUCCAUUGUCAACUGAUGAGUUGUUUACAGAUCACAUGAUGAAGUUAUUCAAAUAUACUAAGAGUUUCAAAACAUUAAAUAAUGAAAUGGUUGAGCCUGUGAUUUGGGAUGAUAUGUUACGUAACUGGUCAGUUGAGAAAUUGAAAAUAAUUGCAGAACACGUAUCACCUAUGGUAUGGGCGUAUGAAGCCGAACUAAAAGAUUACCGAAAAUUUCCUGAAGAUAUGUGGGAAAAAUAUAUAAAAUCGUUUCCGUUUAUUUGGAUAGCUAGCUCAUUUAAAGGUGCUCUGAAAGCAUGGUCUGACUUUGUUCCUAUAAAACAACAUUUAGAAAACCAUUUAUCUUGGUUGAGGAUAACAUCUAAAAUGCAAUCAACUAGCAUGAAAAUUUUAGGUAUAGCAUUAACUGGGUGGAGUCGGUAUGAUCAUUAUGGACCUUUAUGUGAACUUUUGCCUGCUGGAAUACCAUCUUUAGCAUUAUCAUUAGCUGUGCUAAAUAACGGUAAGUUUGAUGUAGAACUUCAUAAAACAGUUUCCAAAAAAUUAGGUUUCAACGAAACAUUCAAGAUUAAAAUUGAUCGUUUUAAUACUUAUAAACCAGAAAUAGCCAGUUAUGAUGGCGGUGACUGCUAUUACUUAGUAGGGUUAUUAGAAAACUCUUUAGGUUGGAAAGCACUAGCUGAGGCCCGUGAAAUAGGUUGGACACGUCCAUUUCAAAGUCGUUUAAAGCAUGUAAGUUAUUUUCAUUUAAACUUUACAAGAAAUGCUUUGAAUAUUAGCAAAAACAGCAUAUUAGAGGUUCAAAGUAAAGCUAGAGAGGUACUAAACAAAUAUUUUGAUUUGGAAACAGUUAAUGAAUGGUUAGUUGAUAAAGUGGAGUAUCAAAUUAAACGUAUUGAUAGUUCCAUUAAAAAAGUUUCACGUAUAUUAGACAGUUUUUAAUGUGAUUCAUCUUUUAUAAUUUUAAAUAAACACAAAAAUAAAAUGAUUGGUUGAAUUGGAAGUCAGUUUACUGGAUGAAUCGGACAGUUUACUGGAUGAAUCGGACAACUGGAAGCGCAACAUUCAUUUUGAGCCUGUUUCGACGUUUUGAAAUGGCUUCUAUUAGCUAAGGCUAGAAUUACAUUUUUUUGAAUUAUUUUUAUACUUGGUACUAUUCUGGUACUAAAUAUUUUAAAAUAAAGAAGGUUUUUGAUUUGUAAAUGUUUAAAAUUACUGCAUAAAAAUAUUUUUGUUACUUGUGUGGACAAUUUUACUAGUAACGGGCGUAAUUUGAAGAAACAUUCAUCAAACAUUAA